UGAGAGGAUCGGCGGUUCGGCGGAUAGUGUGCAUGUGCAUGUGGGUGCCAGUGAAACGUCGUUGUUGACUUGUUGCCGCAUUGGGCUUUGCUUUGGCUAUACUCUGUUGAAAGUUGACACCAUGGCCUCACAAGACUUGGAUAUCAAGGAUUAUUAUGUUGAGGAUGCAGAUUCUUGUACAGAAAGUGAACUAAUGAGUAUUUUUCCACUGAAGUAUAGAGUGAGUAAGAAAAUCUCUCUAUCUGACAGCUCCAGAAACACAGCAUAUGUUAAAAUUGCUGUUGGUGCCUCAGAAGAAUCACUUGCUAUUGGAAGUAAGAACGGAGAGGUCAGCUGCUAUGAUUGCAAUGUUGGGAACUCACUCUCUACCUUCAAGGCACAUGAGCAAGAAGUGACAGGCAUAAGAUAUUGUCCCACAAACAACAAAAUAGUUUAUUCUUGCAGUGUGGAUGGUACAGUGAAAGUAAGGGACAUGAGAAGCAACCAGUUUGAGCACACUUAUGAGUACAAAAAUGAGGGUGGUAAGGGGAUGCCAUUCACUUGCCUCGACUUGAAUAAUACUGGAGAAUUUCUUUGCACUGGAACCACGUUUAUAAAUGAGGAUGCAUACCUUCUCUUCUGGGACGUCAGGAAACAACAACAGCUUCUUGGGGCGUACGCUGACAGUCAUUCAGACGAUGUGACUGCAGUUCACUUCCACCCUUAUAAACGAGCUGAGCUAGCCUCGGCUGCUAUGGAUAACCUCAUCAAUAUAUUUGAUGUUUCGAAGUCAUCAGAGUCCGAUGCUUUCACUCAGUGCAUUAAUUUUGAAACGACUCCAGAUUCGAUCAUCUGGGACAGCCACCAAGAUCACGAAAGUAAACUGUUUGCAAUUAAUUUUUCUCAGGUAAUUCAGUAUUGGGAUAUUGAAGACACGGAACCUCUUGCUGAUCUCAAGCCCAAGAAAUACUGCAAAGCAAUGAGGCGUACCACCCCAGAACAGUGUCAUUUCCUCUCCUUAAACUACACCAAAACUCAGGACCCUAUUUUGAUGUUUGGCUCUAACCUGGGACUUUCGACUCACGUAAAUGCAUGUAUCAGAACGCUGCGUUUCGACAGGAACAAGAAAAUGCUGUUCCCUCACUCGGCGCUCGAGCUGCAAGGCAGCAAAACAGUCGAGGUGUUCGACAGUGUCUACCUUCCUAACUCUGAUAUCUUCGUAACCCUCGAAAAUGGAAGCCUGAAGUACUGGUCGCCCCAACACAAGAAGAGAAACUUGGCUGAGGAUGCGGUCUCGGGUGAAGAACUCAGUUUCAACCUUAAGAAGCAAAAAUUGUGAUAUCAAUGCAAAAAAUGACCACAAACAAUACAUUUUCUUUUUA